UCGUCUACUAUGUUUGCCAACUGUUCUCAUCUUGCCAUUUUUUUAAACUAUAUAAACAAAUCAACCCCAGCCAAUCCAAAUCCCUCAUCAUCUCCAUCUUGAGUGUUGUUCACGUGCUUACAUUUACAGUACUUUCAUAAUGGAACUGCGUACGAUUUCAGCAAUGGCAAAGCGAGUGAAUGAGAUUAUCAUAUUUGUGUUCGUAGCGUUAUUCUCAAAAGCAAUUGGGGCGAAACCAUACUGGAGAACGAGAUGGCCAAUUGAUAGGGUGUCCAAUGAGUGCUUGACUUGGCAACUAGCUGUGGAGGCUAACAAUGUCCGUGGAUGGCGCAUCGUCCCGGCUCAUUGCCUCAGCCACAUUGAAGCCUACAUGACCGGCGGCCAAUAUGAGCAGGAUGUUAACUAUAUUGUGGAACAAAUAGAGAGUUACGUUAGUGAACUUGUUGUAGGUGAAGAUGGCAUGGAUGCUUGGGUCCUUGAUAUUGACGACACUUGCCUCUCAAAUGUCAUUUAUUACAAGAAAAAGAAAUACGGGUGUGAGCCUUAUGAUCCAAUGGCAUUCAAGGCAUGGGCAAUGAAGGGAGAGUGUCCAGCAAUACCAGGUGUACUUGGAUUGUUUUCGAAGCUGGUUGACAAUGGAUUCAAGGUGUUCUUAAUCACUGGAAGAGACGAAGAGACCUUAGCACCAUCAACCAUUGCUAAUUUGCAUGAUCAAGGUUUCAUUGGCUAUGAAAGGUUGUUUUUCAGGAGUCCAGCAUACAAAGGGAAAAGUGCAGUGGUGUACAAGUCAGAAAUUCGGAAGCAAAUAAUGGAAGAAGGGUAUAGGAUAUGGGGAAAUGUAGGGGACCAAUGGACUGAUUUGCAAGGGGAUUGUUUGGGCAAUCGAACUUUCAAACUCCCUAAUCCUAUGUAUUGUGUCCCUUAAAUCAAACUCCUAUGUCUACAUUUGGUACCAUUAAUAAUAAUGCACAUGAAAAAGCAAAUGUGAAUAAAAAAACACUCCAAUUAUAUUAAAUAA